CUGAAACGGCGCAUGCGCGCUAUGCCGGGGCCUCCGCGCCGCGUUUCAGGCCCGGGCUCGGCGGUGAGGAACGGCACCCAGCGCGGCUUCCGACGGCGCCUUCGGCCCUCCGGGGAACAGAACCUACGUGGUCCACAGUUCCACCGAGGUGCCAGGCACGAGCCGAGGCCGCCAGCGUAGAAUGCUGUGCGCAGCCUGGUUGAUUCCAACAUGCAUCGCCUUGCAUCUCACGUUCGGAAUCGGUUACUGCCAGUACAAUCAUCAGCCACCGGAGCAGCUGGAAAAUAUAACGGACAUAUUGAAGAACAUUCUAGAGGGAUAUGACAUUCGGCUACGCCCAAAUUUCGGAGGAAAACCUCUCUUCAUCGGUAUGGACAUAAACAUUGCCAGCUUUGACAGCAUAUCAGAAGUCAAUAUGGACUACACGAUAACCCUGUACCUGAAUCAAUAUUGGCGUGACGAGAGGCUUACAUUUAGCAAGGAGAAGUAUGAGCUGACGCUGUCCGGUGACUUCGCCGAGAAAAUUUGGGUGCCGGACACAUUCUUCGCCAACGACAAAAACUCAUUCCUCCACGACGUUACAGAGAAGAACAAGAUGGUGCGGCUUCAGUCCGACGGACACAUCACCUAUGGCAUGAGGUUCACAACUACUUUGGCCUGUAUGAUGGACUUGCACUACUAUCCACUGGACUCUCAAAACUGCACGGUCGAAAUUGAGAGCUAUGGAUACACAGUGUCCGACGUGGUAAUGUUCUGGAAAGAUCCAGAGCCCGUCGUCGGGGUUGAGCAGUCUGAACUUCCGCAAUUCUCGAUCAUCAGAUACGAGACGACUGACCGAAAGGAGAAGCUCGCCACCGGAACAUAUCAACGACUAUCGCUAAGUUUUGAGCUCAAGAGGAACAUCGGAUACUUCAUCUUUCAGACAUAUCUUCCAUCAAUUUUGAUUGUGAUGUUGUCAUGGGUGUCCUUUUGGAUCAACCAUGAGGCGACGUCCGCCAGAGUCGCCCUUGGCAUCACGACGGUGCUGACGAUGACAACCAUCAGCACUGGAGUGCGGUCUUCCCUUCCGAGGAUAUCGUACGUCAAGGCCAUUGACAUCUACCUCGUCAUGUGCUUCGUGUUCGUGUUCGCUGCGCUGCUCGAGUACGCGGCCGUCAACUACACCUACUGGGGUGCCCGGGCCAAGAAGAAGACGAAGAAGAACAAGGAAACCAAGAUUCAUCCACCUCCUCCACCCACCACGGAUUCACCUUAUCCAAACAACGAGGAGAUCAUCGAGUUGCACGACGUGCGGCUGUCACCGAUCCCGUGCCUCCGCAACCGGCACCGGCCCUUGUCGGCGCCUGGCAGCGACAGCGAGCUGAAGUUCCCGCCAUCGUUCCGCAUGACGGGCCGCUUUCCGUACAACUCACGCACUCUUCCGGCGGGUGCCUGCUACCGAGGCGCCGGACUGCGAGCCGCGGCGGACUACGGCGGCGGCGGAUUCGCGCGAAGGCCUCGCGUUUUCCAGACGCUGCGGCGAGGCGCGAGUGCCAUCAGGGCCUCCAUGCCGCGCAUCAAGGACGUCAACAAGAUCGACAAGUACUCGAGGGUCAUCUUUCCCAUCUCGUACCUCGUGUUCAACGCCAUCUACUGGUGUUUCUACCUCAUGUGAUUUGAUGCCUGCUGUUUCCAGCGAAACCUGGCUUCCACCCAGAGCUGCGCGAAAAAACGAGGGAACGAAACACCCGAUUGACAUUCGAUGAGCUCUUGCCGCUCCGGCGUCGAUGAACUGGUGCAUAGAUGAUAUUACCAUGGCGGUUGAAGUGCGGAACGUCUUGGACGUAAGCGAAUGAAUCUCGCGGCAACCUAAGCAAGACUAGCACUAACAUCGAGGACAACAUUCACUGGGCGAGUUGGUGUCAUGGCAUUAUUGAUCAGCAGCUCCAAGUACGCAGACGCACAACACAAAAGAACGGGGGUUACAACAGGACAGUCCGCCUGGUACGAGCGAGAAUUGCCGAUAAGCUAGAGUAGUGGGCCCUAAGCCGUGGAAACAAGUCUACCUUAGGGCGCGCUCCUAAAUGUGACGCACUGUCCUGCUGCUUUUAUUUUUUGUGCUUGUGAGUGUGCCUGCGUACGUAUCGCCAUUGAUCAAUAAUCGAGAACAAACGCAUUCAUUGCAGUGGUCCAAGUUGAGCCAAUAAGUUAUCCUCCCAUCUUUUUUGUUUAUUGCAUUGUAGUGUACCUAAAGAUCAGUAGUCACUUCGCUAUGAUGAAUGCCAAAUUUAUUGUGGCUAGUAUGGUGUGCUAGAGCGCCGCCGUUACGGUGAUGAGCUUUCAAGAAUACCCCUCGCAUUCAUGACCACUCGUGAACUCUUUUCGACGCAAGGCCGUUUGAAACGACUUGCUUGAGCUUUUUCGUGCAGCUUCUCGAGGACUGAGAGGCCCAUAUUUGAACCAAAGCUAAGCUACACGCUUCAAGAAUGAAUGUUCAUAACGCCAGGUUUUUAGUACUGUACGUUGAGCACACUAACUACCACGGACAUUGAUUACAACAGUUGGCUCUACACUUCUGCAAAGGUUAAGUGAUGGACACAACAGUAGUGUUUGGAAUCGAGCAUAUGAAGCGCAAAUUUAGUCAUUGCUUCAAACAGGCGGCUUCUGGUUCCAGACCAUGCGUAACAGACAGUUGCACGACUGUAAAGAUUCAGGUGGCAGUACACAAGGCUUCACUUAAAGUGAAACACUUUCGGGUGCUAUAAAAAAAUGCAGAUUGCAUGGAGCACACGAGAGUGUUUUUUUAGUACCAACAGAGCACCAGUUAUGAGCCAUGACUGUUCAAGGUUUUAAUUAAGGAAUAAAUUCUAGCUGAGAUAUUGUGUUACAUGUUAAAACUUCUCACUUCAGGAGAAACAAAGCCCUAUUCAUUCUGGUGCAGCGUCGUCGCGAGCACGAGAACAAAGAAAUAUUUGCGAAAUAGCAUAUAGAGCUGUUGAAUAUUGCUGGUCUCCAUGUCACUAAGGAAGCGUUUGUUUACAAUUGAGCUCAAAAGUGAGAGCUGAAAUAGAGCCUGAUGAAGAAAAUAAGAAAAAGAGAGUAAGGUUCAAAUAAGAGGAAAUUGUACGAUUUACAUAGGCCUAAUAAAAUACUAUUGCCAUUUUUAAAGAUUUCCCGUUUACAGCGCUAAUGUUGCAUACGUAACUGAAUAGAAUUGUUGAUAUGAAUAUUCAGUCUAUUGCUCGCGAUGAAGACAUUGUCCAAAUGGUUCUGCCAAGCUUUACGUAGACUGCCACAGCACGAAAUGCAGGUAAAAAUGGCUUGUGCUUUACUUUUCGUGGAUAGUGAUUACGCGCUCGUUCACAUUAUUGACCCGGUUUUGAGCUUAAGCCAAUGUACCUAUGCAAGGCGAAUAUGUAAUUAUUCUCUCCAACAUUGUGCUGUUCAAAGAUACACACUGGUUGCUAAAGACAACCACUGGAGAGCACUGAAACAAGCUGUUUUCCAUUGUCCGCUUGUCAUCACCUUUUUAAACGUGAAUGAUGCUUCACGGAAUUUUCAGUAGCUCAAAAUGGCCCCUUUUCUGCAGCCAAUAACCCUUUAAUAUCUUUGAUAAUUGGUCUUUAUCACACUGUAACGACCAACUAUUGUGUAUUCCCGUGUUACUAUUUAGAUUGAUAUGUACGCCAUCUAUGAUAACGUACUUAAUAGAGCCAAAUCCUCAGUUUUCAGAGGAACACGCCUAAUGCUUUCUACGAAACAUGACAUAGAGAAAAGGUCCUCUAGGAACUAAGUGUGGUGACUAAUUGAGUGAUUGAUAUGUGGGGUUUAAUGUCCCGAAACCACCAUAUGAUUAUGAGAGACGCCGUAAUGGAGGGCUCCGGAAAUUUCAACCACCUGGGGUUCUUUAACGUGCACCCAAAUCUGAGCACACGGGCCUACAACGUUUCCGCCUCCAUCGGAAUUGCAGCCGCCGCCGCCUAGAUUUGAUCCCGCGACCAGCAGGUCAGCAGCCGAGUACCUUAGCCACUAGACCACCACGGCGGGGCCAGUGUGGUGACUAAGUAAACGCAUAUGGUACCGAGCACUUUUUGCAUAUGACAACAAAAAGGUAUUGUGAAAGGUUGACGCCUGUCUUAAGUCUUCUAUUUACUAGUCAAACGAGCAAAGCGGAGUGUCUGGUACUGGUAAUCAGCUUCAUCUUCCGCUAAAGCUGAAGGAAGGCAGAGCAAGAUCGCAGUGGUUGUCCCGCUAAAAAAGCAGUGCUUAUGAGGAAGGAGCGUUAAAAAUUGUCAUCCGGGUAAGCAAGCGCACUUAUCUAACUUUGUAAAUGCAUGACACCCUUUCCGAGUAUUCACUCAUUGAACUUUCAAAGCGGCAAUAUGUAUCAGCAUCAACUAAAAGAGAUGAAAAAAAAAAACACGCCACCACAUAAUCAAGUCGAACACAAAGUGUCGACUGCGCUGCAGGAGGAAGGACGAAAACUAGUUGAAGAAGGUUAAUAAACCGGAAGCGGUUCUGCGACACUGUUUUGGCGGUGGUGCAAUUGUCACUCCCAGAUUUACUACAGAUGUACUACUCUUGAACGGUCAUUACCAAAGAAAGGAGCGAUUACCAGCUUUGCCAAUCUCGUGUGAGUUGGCAGCGUACUUCAAUAAGAAAAAAACAUCAGUGACGUGAUUGUGUUGUCACGCCACUAUCAUAGAUGCUUGUCUGUACGUUUCUUUUGUUUUUUUACCUUGCCUUCAAAUAUAGCCAUUGAUAGGUUUUAGAAAGAGCGUUUAAGUAGGCGGAGAAAGAGAAUCAGAGGUGACACAUCAUUAAGACGAAACGUCCUGGCUAUCCUCUGAUCUACGCAGCUUCAUUUCCAACUGGUGUUUGUAUAUGUAUUCAGAUUACAGAUUACACAAACGACACUGUUCAUAUCUAUAAAAAAUACAUGUAUAAACGCCGAAGUCGCGCUUGUGCUUUUGGGUGGAGAAAACAAGGUGUUUCCCACCAAUCAUCGUUAAGAGAUCUUUUUCCUCUCUCUGUUUGUCGUUGACUUAGUGUGAGAACGCAGUACGAGCAAGUUCACAAACGCGACGGGUUUCUUUACGGAAGUGUCGCGAAUUAAUAAAGAUUGUUUAUAUUUCGUCAAAAA